ACACAAGUUAUCCAAACAAACUUUCGUAUCUGAUCAUACUGUUUUCAACUGUUUCAAGCUAGUUAAGUUUCCUGAAAACAAAAAUUGGCAUGCGAAUUUGAACAAAAGCCCUCCAACUUCGAGAAUACAUUUUUUCAAAGAUUUGCCGCCUAAGUGGUUUUGUUCAAGUCUGAUCUUUCGUCGGGAAUUUCCCUGUGCCUAAAAAGCAAGGUUAGCUGAUCUAUCGGAUUAUUUUUGUUAUUGCACACGCGCCAACACGUACAAAAUUCGUGCAGAAUCCUAAGUUCGAUAAUCCGAUGAAAAGUUAAUCUCAUUCACUUAACCCUUGAGAGGUCAUGGAUAAGAUGAACUCCACUGAAGAACAAACAUAUUUUAAUUUUGCCAACUUUCAUCUGAUGCUAUUUUAAACGAAAAAGACAGACAGUAUAAAAUUUGCGAAUAAAUUCUUCCUUCUUAGCUGUGUAAUGGGAUUUACUUUUGCUGAUCAUAUAUCUCACUUCGAAUAUUUUUUUUUUUCAAAACUAUUGUAUUAUAGGGUAGGCAAAAGUUAGACUCAGCUGGCCCUUCUCAAGUGCACAUCCCCUUCUCCCCUCCCAUGGAAAGCACAAAGCACUCUCACAUGAGUUGUAUUGAGCAAAAUAUUUUUGAAGGGGGAGGUGGGGUGAGGUGAAGAAGGCUUGGUAUUUACUAAUUAAGAAUGGGGAUUGGAAAACCAAAGGAAGCAAGAGGUAUCCCUGUCUGUGAAGAGAUUACGCUCGGAUCAUGAGGAAGCGGAGAGAAUGAAAUCCUUGGCGGAUCCUAUCCUCUGCGGAUUAACUUUAUUUGUAGUUUGGGGGGUUGUUAUUGUUUCCAUGCCCUCUCGGCAACGCCUAAUAUUUAUCUCAAGCUAACUUAGUCUACAAUAAUGAUUAUUUCAAUUGCUUCACAGGCCAUCCAAGUCUGUGUUAUCGCCAUGAUGGAGAUGGAAUCUGCGAAGACUUUGAGAGAAAAACUAGCAUCAAAGACUGUGGUUUUUAUACGCCAGAGGGAUUUGAAGACCAGUGGGCUGUGAACGUUAGUGUCAACCCUCGCGACCGAGACGAAACAUGCCCAGAAAACGUGACCCUUGGACCUCCUCCCUUAGAUCUGGUAACGUAACUACCUUACACGUUGAUAGCUAUCCCCAACCCUAAUCUUUCCCAUCUUACCAUUCGCCACUCGCGCAUUACCCAUGAAACAGCUUGUUUGCCCUGCAAAAUUUUCAUAACCUUUGUUUUCAUUUUCUCUUAGGUAUUAUAGUCGUCCCAAGAGAAAUUCAAGACAAUGCUUAUGAAAAAGUAUAGGCUGCAGUUAGGCGCGUUAUGUGAAAUGUGUAUGUCUGUGACGAAUACCUCUCAUGGCUUCGCUUCGAAUUAUUAAGCCGUGUUCGAGUUCCAAAAACGCUUUCUUUCAAAAAUAGGCUAAGUUCAAAUUGCAAGUGAGUUUUAUUUGCAAGAGAGUUAAAAAAUCCUUUGCGUUCCCUUUGAAACAGCGGCGUCAGGAAACUCGGAAAUGGCUUAUUUAUCAAGGUAGUUUUGGUUUGAGAGAGGCGGGUUGGUGUUAAGAGUGGGGAAACAGUUCUCCAAAGCAGUUACAAAUGGGGGUAAAUAUGGAUUGUUACGUUUACGGCAAACGACAAACCUCAGAUUCAAGUUAAGAAUUUGUCAGGAUAGAAAAUAAUCCGAUAAAUGUCCAGAACAAUUCUUAUGCAUAAAACUGGCGUGAAAGGACUUAUUUUUGGGUGGAAGUAAUAAACAGUAAACACCAGUUAAGGGGAAAACUUGAUCACCUGACACAAAUUCACGUUUGCUGUUUGGCGUAAACGUGAAUCUUAAUCUCUCUAGCAUCAAAGGACAGUCAAUUUUGACUGUGGAGAGUUCUUAUGCCCAUUCGAGGUUACCGUACUUCCCCUUCAUGAUUAUUUCUUCGUAAUAUUAAGUUAACGACUAUCCAAGAACCACAGGAUUCCAGGAAAACUGACGGAAAGGUGGUAGCGCGAAAGAGCAAAAGGAAGGGAGAGCGGUCCACUUUUUGUAUAAAACAUAUUUUGGUGACUAAUCUGGCAGAGAGUCCUUUCCCCACAAGGUCAAAUUGAAUCGUUGAAUACUUUAUAUGCACGAGAUUUUCCAACAAAGGAGUUGUGUGACUAUAGAGUACUCCAAUGUCCUUUUUGAGUGUCAAGAGUGGUUUAUUUCACAAUUUUUUUUAUUUUUACUAUAUUUUUUUGCUUUAGUCUACAAUUGCUCCCUUUUUUCUUCAAAGAUAGUAGAGCGCGCGCGAAAUCAGCGUCCGCUCACGUGCGCUCGCAUAUUUUGCUGGCUUUUGUAUCGCUGAGGAAAUAAGGAACUUGGUUUAGGAACCUUGGAACUUGAUUUAGUUGCGCAUAUGGCUACACUACAUGAUUAGGCUUAUAUCCGGGGGGAGCUUAUAAUUUGAUGUAUUUUUUAUUUACAGGUAGAUGGACGUAUGACUGAGGGGGGCUUGUAAGUGGGGUAGGAGGGUGGGGGGCUAUGAGGGGCAGCAGUAUAUAGAACAAGUUAAAUUAAAAACUUCCCGACCCUAGUUAAUAGCAUGUUUUUAUUACCCUUUCACAGGUUUGUCAGUCGGGAGAGAAGUUUAUUAAUAAUGCCUAUGCAUGGCGUCCCUGCACUAGAUCAUUCGUGAGUGGCAAUUAUUGGUUGGAAGCCACAUUUAAUCGCUCUGUUGUACCUGCCGCACUUGUCCUGUAUAUCGGCUCCGAUGGACGGACUGAAUAUAGUCUUGAGAGAACUAUAAAAGUAGAGCUCAUCGACAAUGCUGGACGUGUCCACUCUUCAGGAGGCGAUGAAACUAAACUUUCUUGCAAGGUUAACCCGGCUGUUAUUCCAGUCCAUCACGAUAUGACAGAGCCAUUUUUCUACGUGCGCAAAGUUCGCGUUAGCUUUAAGUCUCACCUUAUCGCCAUAGCUGGCGUAGCUCUGCGUUCAAGAACUAACUUCGAUGUUGUUGAACUGUCCAAAUGCGGUCCGGAGGAAAUUUUUAGUCCGCGCACUCAGCAUUGCCACAAUUACCUGUGCGAGAGGCCAUCUUGCCACGAACUGGUUUUAAAACACGCGACGGUCAAAUGCGAGGGAACGAAAGAGGGGCAGACGUGUUCUGUUACUUGCAAGACUGGAUACCGACCGUCAAAGCCCUUCAAGAUGGUUUGCUUGAACAAAGAGUGGCAAGGAAUCAGUUCAGGUUGUGUUCCUAUUAAUUGCGGUGUUCCCAGGAUUCCAAAUGGCCAAGCUGGUUAGUACAGCUGAACUGCUAAUUGUAUAUUUUACAGUAGAGACCUUUUAGAUUCUAAGACGAGUACGACUACAAGUACGAGACUAAGUAGGGCGCGCGCGUGAACCAGCGUCAUUUUGGCGGGAAAACGUGAUAGUCGUCGUCAUUCUACUACGAGUUUUAGCGAGAAUGUCGUGUUAGCGGCUGGGAGAAAGCUUAACCUCCUUCAAUCACGAUAACGGCGCUAAUUUUUUUGGGGGUGAAAAAGAUGUAAAAUGAGAAUACGCGAAAAAAAAACUUAAAAUUAAAUCUCGUAAUCGUAGUCGUUCUCGCCCUAGAAUCUAAAGGUGGACCGAUUGUUUGCUCGCGCAUAUAUUCGCCACUUUUAAAUUAGAAACGAAAAGGGAACUAGAGCCGAAAUGUGUCCCGCAAUUGUUUAUGGGAUUGUUACUGGUGAAUUUUUUCCCUGUCCUUAGUAACAGUCCCAGAAGUCUUUCCAAAAGUCAAUUUCUCGUUUUUAAGUGACAAACUGGUACGUUGAUAGCCUUUGUAUAUGUAACAAAUAGACAAAAAAUUCCAUUGUUUUUACACUAACAGACAGUAUAAUUCACGUCAAAAUGCUCACGUUAGUAGAACCACAGUUAGUUGAAGAGACUGGUCAUGAAAGCCGGCAAAAAUCAGUUAAAAUGAGAGAAAAAAAAAAGUUGCCGCAUUUUAUGUUAAGAUAGCUCUCCUUCUUCGCACCAUAGUUAAUUGAGUGGAAUGGUUAUGAAACCCGUCAGACUCCUUUGUUAUAUGUUUUUGUGGACCUGAAAGUGCACCAAUAAAAACGUUGCAUUAAUUUAUUCCGUAACAAUUUGCCAACAGAAAACAAAGGAUUUUGCACUUUCACGGUGCGUUGAACAUAAACUGCAGCACUGUUGUUUUUAUCAUUGAUGUUUGCCGCUUUUCAUAACCAGUCUCCUCUAAUAACUAUGUUCGCACAAUCUUUUGAUUUAUGUUCACACAUUAUGACUGAAUAAAUUAAAGCGGCGUUCCUAUUAGUCAAUCAUAGCGAUGCUACGAUAUUUAGACGUUGUACAUAGUCAAGUGUAAAGCUAAUAAUAACAUAGAACAGAUAAGUCUGAUAGUCUUCAUAUCCAUAGCACUUCAUUGAACAUGGUGAACCACGAGCCGUAGACUAAAUUAUUUUAGACGCGGAGAAGCGAAGACCUUUUGAGAUCUUACCAACCUAGAUCCACAAAAAUCGAACUUACUCCUUCGAAAUGUUUGGCCAAUAUUAUUAUUAGGCUGCCUGUGGGAGAACCAGUCAAGUUUUCGGUGGCGAGUCAAGACAAAAUGGCGGACGCAUUACCCAAAAGGCUUUGCUUGUCCCGUCCUUGUGCAAUGGGGACGAUCAUUUGACUUUUGAGGAGACGGGCUGGUCAUUUCAGACACAAACAAUUGGUACCAUGACGGGGCAGCAGUUCAAUUUACCUUCAUCAUGGGGAUCUUGUUCUGACGUUGUUCAGUUGUAUACUACUUUAUAGGGCUUUCUAUCGUUAACCGUUUUCCUAUUUUGUGACUAAUAACUGCUUUCUUAUUUUCAGAUUGCCCAGACGGACACACGUUCGGUAAAAAGUGCUCUUUCAAGUGCUCGCCACAGGCCAAACUUAGUGGGAACGAAGCUAGCGUAACAUGUGAGGCGGAUGGCAAAUGGUCGGCGCAAACAGCUUUUUGUGUUAUGACUUGCUCCAAACCCGUCAUUCCAAAGAACGGUGAACCGCUCACAGGAAGCAGCUGCUUUACCAGCAAAGGAACAAUUUUACCCGGUUAUUCUUGUAAGUUCCGAUGCAAACCAGGCUACCGCCCGAAGGAUCGAGACGGGCCGGCCCGAAGAGCCUUGAAGGUGCGUUGUACAAAAAGUGGUCAAUGGACUCACCCUUCGUGCGAGCCGAUCGUCUGCGAGAAAAUUUCUGCCAGCCUCCUUAUGUGGUAUAACUGUUCGAAUGGAAAUGCCCUGGGAAGCGUUUGUUCGAGCCAUUGUCUAGGAGAGGGGGUGAGUUUAUAUAUGUUUUUGGCCUGUAUGUUUUACACGGCAGUUAGUGGAUGAGGUUUUUGUGAUAUCCGAAAUAAUCAAGGUCGAUGACACUUAUCGAGACCUUGAAAAUUCCGGAUAUCACAAAAUCGAAUCUAAUAACUGUUCUGUUAUACAUUGUUUUGAAGAAAAUAACCACAAACAAGCCGUCGCAUAGAACUCAGUUUAACAUUGCUCUUAAAAAUCAUGCAUUGCACGCGCAACCUACGGAUUAGUCAGUUUUCUGCUGGCAAAUAACUAACUAAACUGUCGGUUGCGCCAAUUUCGAAAAUCCGGCAACGGUAGGCUCUUAGCCAAUGGGUAAGACAGGUAGUGUGUCAAUGUAUAAUAAUACCGUUAAACUUGUUUUGAUCAGACAUUGUCCUUAGUAUGAGGAAAAUCUCCAGUCUCAAAAUUCCAAGUCAACUACAACAACAGCAUUUUCAACCCUUGAAAAUUACCUUAACCAUAAUUACCGUCAGGUGGCUCUUCUGGGUGGGAUGGUAAUGCAAUAAUAGUACAAAGCUCAAUUAAAGGGAAAGAUAAGACAAUAAAUAAAAAGAAAAGAAAACAAGCAAGGUUAAGUAAAAAUAAUGGGAGAAAAUAGUGUAUGGUAUAACAAAUACGAUGAAAAGUUUCUUAGUGAGAACAAAAGUGUAGAUCUUUAAAAAAUACUAUACUUUAACCGUGUAAUGAGUAGAGGUUGGAACGGGUAGUAGCGCUUACAACUACAUUUGCCUCCUCAAGUGUAAUAUUCGCCUUAGAUUUUGCCUUAGGCCGGCCUAUAUUCUACGAUUUAACGGCGGUCAUCUCUUGACGCGCAAUGACUUUUAGGCUCGUUCUUCUCCGCUUUAAAGGGAGGCCCAAAUCGGCUUAUAAAUCGGUCCCAGAUAAUUUAAGCCGAAAAGUACCACCAACCUCAUGGCACACAUGCAAGGCUGGUUCCUAGUGUGAACAUAUUAUCUAAUCACAAAGCAAUUCUUACAUCAAUAUAUUCCCCGUUAUCAUUUGCCUCUCUUUAUCAGGUCCACACUGUGAAGUGCGAGGACAAGGGACAUUGGAGCGAGCCAAUGAGGAGGUGUAAAUCACGUUUAGCUGGAGUCUGUCCCGUUCCUGUACCUCCCCCAGGGGUUAUCAUUACCUGUGAAGAUCACUUUCCUGGAGGGAUUUGUAAAGUUCAAUGCAAAGAUAGCUUUCAUGACGUCGUUGAGGAGGUGGGUUGUUAUUAUGGUUACACACAGAAUGAGACGAGCGUUUUCCCGCGGUUUUCUGUCGCAGUAUGUUGCGGUGAGGAUUUGUUUCCCGCGCGUCGCCUUAUUGGACUCGCGCUCACGUCUUUCGCGCGGAGGAAGGUUUUUAGCCACACCAUUGAUUGCUCUACUUGAAUCAGGCCUCUCUGGGCCCCCUUGUAUUCACACCCGAGUGAAACGUUUACGUCCCAGUUGCCCUUGGUCCAUUCACAUAUAACUUCGUCAUUCUGAUUAAAACAAUUAAUAAAAUAAUGAAGUCGGGUGUGAAAACAAUAUCUGAGAACUGGUGAGGCGUCAGGGUGGAUGUGGGAAACUCAAUCAUGUCCGCACUAAAAAGAAUCCUAAGGGUUCACUCCUGGCUGGUCUAGCGUCUUCCAACACUUUUUAGUGGUGCUGGACAUUGUCGAACGGGCGUAAAAAAUUUUUUAGACUCAUUAACCGUUUCACCCUAAAAUUGAAGGAUGGAAUUUUGUAAAGUGGCUCUAACUUUUGAAUCUGUGGACGAAGCCUUAUGGUGAGACCAUUCAAAUGAGCCCUAGCCUUCGUGGCGGGUGUCGUGGGGAAACGCGAGGAAGGGAAAACGUGAGGAGAUUGAGCGCUCUCCUCCACUCACCCUCAGCUUUUCAAGUUCGCCGAGCAAGCUAAAUGAAACCUCAGUGAGUGUACUUUCACAUAUUAGAACUAUAAAAUGUUUAACCUGAAUCAAACAUCAUUCAACAACUAGGCUACGAGUAGUCUCUCUUGUUCUUCAGAUCUAGAGAGGGGGUGCAGGCGCGCGCGCUAGGGUCGAGUGUCGAGCGACGAGGCCGAGAGACGAGGGAAACGAGGGCACCUCUUCCGUCUCGCUCGACGGACUAGGGAAAAAGGGAGACUGUUCGUAGUCUAUUCAACAACAUUCAACACCAUCCAACAAGGUAUUCAGAGGGAUCUAACUGUUGCAUCCACCAGCGCUAGAAAAAGUUAAGUUCAUUGAUUAAUUAAAUGUGUUACAGGGAGACGAGGAGAAGACUCUCGCGAUUAUCACAUGCACGAAGAAGUCCCAGUGGAAACCAGAUCCCGCUCGUUUGAGGUGUAUUCCUAGUUGUCGGUUAGAUUACAUUGAAGAUGAGUGGUGUGACAAGGAUAACAAUAACAAGCACUGCCGAUGGGAUGGCGGAGAUUGCUGUGCUUCUACUACAAGGAACAGGAUUGUGCGGCGAGUACCGACAACUUGCAUGUCAGCUUGUGACUGUAAGGACCCAAAUGCCAUUGAAAAUUUACACAACAAAGGUGGGAAGGAUGACGAAGAUGAUGAUGAUGAUGACGACAGAACUGGAGAAAGUGGUGCUGACGAGGAGUUAAGGACUUCUACAUGAACAUGUUAACUUUCGGUUGAACCAAAACUACGAUAACUAUAAUCAAUCUCAACUCUUAACUCUUUAGGACCGUUUACACUUGCGAUUUUUUUUCGGAUUUUGUCGCGCGACAAGAGCGGCGAUUUCGUUGCAAUUUUAGCGCGAUUAGCCUGCGUGGCAGACGUAAUUUAACCUCGGUUAGUAACGUCCGUGAAGCAGUGCCGACAUCCUUGUUCUGGGCCCCAAGGGAUUCAACGAAUUACUGGAAGUGCUUUACCGGAGUGGCAGAGGGACAAUGGCUUUUUUAACAGGCCAAUCAUGGCACGUACUCAAAUCCGGGUACACAGGUGGGGACUCAGAACAGGCCUCUGUGCUGUUCCGCAGCCAGAAUUAACCAGAGUCUAGAUUCGUCUGUGGUGCAGACUAAGCUCUGCAAUUUUAUGCAAAGUAGAAGUUUUUAGAAGUUUUUUAGACCAGAAGCAUACGUACAUCUCUUAUGGACAGAUAUGACGGACAGAAUUGCGUAAUUUUAUGCAAAAAUUGCCGUAGUGAAGCUCAGUUGGGGUUAAUUUUUAUCAUUCACCAAAUUUUCAGCAACCUGGUCGUGAGAAAUGGCGCUGAAAUCGACAUCUCCUUCCUUUGUCCAUUGUUUGAUCGCAAUAUAAAUACCGAGCAAAACUCUCUGUGCAGCACAACAAAUCGCGUGAGAAUCAAAGCGUGUAAACGGUUCCUCAGGUUAAAAGUUUCGAGCAAAAAAACUCGUUGAGUAGAGUUUUUAGAAAGUAACGUUUGAAUUACGUUGGAUGUGAUUAUCCACAGUUAUUCGUAGCCAUAAAAAGACAAAACCUAGGAAAAAAAGAAAGCAACAAAAAGCAACAAAUUUAUAUCAUAACUUUGAGAGUGUUCACUGAUUUUUGUCUAAAAUUUGUUUGUUUUAUUAUUUCGGGCUGGGUUUAUUUAGAUAAUAGAAUUUCAAUGUUUUGGAAAUUUAUAUAUUAAGUAAAAAGCGUUUUGCUUUUCGAUCAUUUCUAUACAAAGUAUAUGAACAAACUGACUUUAAUGCAUAUUGCAGACAACAAAACAAUGCGUUUUUACAGAUUACUUUUUUUUAUCGUACCUUUUAGCUGCUAUUUAAAUAAGCUUUCUAAAUUUUCUCAAUAUCGAUAAUUUGAUUCACAUUUGUUGUUUUAAUUAUCAUUUCAUCAGUUGUUGUGUUAAAAAUAAAAAGAAUCAACAAAAGGGGGUAAUUUUGACAGGAUGGUCUUUUUUGAACAAACAAAACUCUGAAUCUUUCUCAAGUAAGCAGCCCUUAAUCAGUAAUUUAUAUCAUUAUUCACUUAACACCGGGCACUUUAUUGAAUACCUUUACAGUUUUCAACUUUCCUAGCAAACCUAUAAAUCUUUGAUGGGGUAUAUAUUAUGCCUAUAUACCCACUGGCUGUUUUUCGAUUGAUUUCCCUCUAUUUGCCACGAGGCAGUCGGUUAACGCUGUGCAACGAGAGUCUUCACAUUAACAAUUUUUUGUUAUAUCCGAAUAUUGUAUUCUUCGUUGAGAAAACUGCAGUGAAAAACGCUUUUCUCUUCCAUAUGAUAAUUGCUAAUUUGCUGUCUCAGUUUUUACUGAAUUAGAAAUUGUUUUUACAAUGCGAACAAUUGCGUUGUUCAUCGCAGUCUCAGGAAGAGAGCUAAUAUUAGCCAUAACUAGAUUUUUAAAGUAAUAUUACCUCUACAUGGGGGCAUUUUCUUUAAGUUUUUAUAAGGACUUAAGAGACAACCUAUGUAUUAUCAUAGACAACCUAUGUAUUAUCAUAAUUUUGUGUGUAUUGUAUUUGAAUAUUUCAAUCUCCCUGCUUUAGACUCGUACAAAAAAUUUUCGUUUCAAUAUACUAAAAAUUUCUGAGAUUAUAAACUUUAUUGCCCGCCAAAAGGAGUUUUUCUUCAAAACGAUCUAUUGGACUUUCAGUCACUUUAUAUCACUUUUGUUGGAACCUGAACUUUGAUACGUUAAAUAGUAUACCUCUUUUCAUGGAAGACCACUGAGGCAUUUCUUGGUAAGACUUGUCUUUACUUUUCCAAAGGUUACUCAGAAAUAAGGCAUUUCUUUCCGGUUUUGUGUCUCACAGAAUAAGACUAAUUUUUAUUUUAUUUUAUUUCAUUUUAAUAUAUCACAUAGCUAAAUAAAGGAUACUGCCUAUUUAUUCAUUUUUGUAAGUUUUCGUUGGUGAUUUGAAAUAAAGCACUGUAUAAAUC